AUGUCGGAGCAGGCUUCUGACAGCCCUGUCAACUCGACAACACCAACGACAGGCCGAUCGCAUCCACCAUCAGAUCAGCACAUCGACAAAUCAUUAUCCAAUGGUACCAACAUGACCAGCGCACCACGCAACGCUGGCGCAGAUGAUGAUGAAGAAGAGGAGGGAAUGCUCAGAGUAGAUGAAGAGGGUCAAAUCGAAGAAGAUGAAGGCGCUGUUCACCAGACCAAGAUCGGCAACGCGCCAUCCAGCUCCACCAGCAACGGAUAUGUGUCACCGAGACAUACUUCCUCGGAUCGAGAACGGGAGCGAGAUCGAUACCUCGAGACUUCACCCGGGCCAUCUUCGUCCUAUGCACCCCAGCGCUCCAGGUUCGGCUACUCUGUCGAAGCUGGGGGCUCGUAUAGCGCCACUUCGUCAUAUCCGUACCCAGCAAAUCACCGCGAGCCUCUUCGAUCGGAAGCAUACGCCUCCGGCUCCAGAACCAGCUUCAGUGGGCCGGUACCUCGAGCAGAGAAUCGACGAGGCUGGUAUCCACCACCCGCUACUGCUACACCUCGCGGUUCCGACACAUAUCGCCCAGGAGCCAACCGCGAACGUGAACGCGAGCGAGAUAGGGAUCGUGACUGGGACUCGUUCCGUGACGGCGAGAGGGACAGAGACUGGGCGGCGUUGGAGCGAGAGCGUGAAAGGGACGGAUACCGACAUUCAGCCUAUCCCGCGCCCGCCGCCAGCAAAUAUGGCUUUGACAACCGCGAGUUUGCUGGUCGUCGACCCGCAUCACCCUCAUCAGCCUUGGGCAGAGAGCGCGACUUUGAUGGAGAUCGGUCCAGAGAGCGCGAUCGCCCCACCGAGCGGGAUCCGCGCGUCCGAGCACCCAGCUCAGGCUGGGCGAGCGGCGGCAUCCGGCAGUGGGGCAAGCCGUCCGACGCAGGUUGGGCUCGUCGACCCGCCUCGGACGAUGCACGCUCCGACACAUCCCAGCGUCAGUCCGGAUCGCGCUCCAACAACACACCCCCGCCUACGGGUUCCAGCGAAGCAGGCGCGAAGCCGCUCGGAUCGGAUCGCGCGUCCGAAAAGAGCGAAGCGAGAAGCAGAGACUUGUCUCCUCAACCUAGUCGAUCGCCGCCCCGCGAACUGCCCGCCGACAACGAGGUCAAGCCCGAGGCUGUUCCGUCCAGCGAUGCUCAAGAUGCGACGCCGGCUCCAUUAGCCGGUGCGUUCGUUUCAGACGACAAGGAGGGUGACAAGGAGGGCGACAAGGAGGGCGACAAGGAGGGCGACAAAGAGGGGGACAAGGAGGGGGACGGAGUGCAAACAGCCGGCGAUGACGUGCAGGUCGACAAGAAGCAGGAUGGAGUGCAACCGGACGCAGAACCGCAGGUAGAACCUGCUGAAUCCACGCCCACAAUGGUCCCGACCGAAGCCGCUCCCGAGGCUGCUGCUUCUCUGGAAGACAAAGCAGCCCUCGUCGAUGAGCCGGUUGAAUCUGCCAGCGAGCUUCCCGUCGCCGAUGCCGAUGGGGACUCACGGGUGGAUAACGACACCCACACCCAUGGCGCAGCAACGGAGGUGGAAGCGGCCGCCGAGCCUGCUCCAGAACCCGAAGCAACGAAGGAAGCCAACGCUGACGGUGAUGUCGACAUGCCAGAUGCAGAGCCUCAGCAGGAUCAGGCAAAAGCAGAGACGGGCGAGCAGGAGCAAGCUGCCGCGUCGAGCGUCCCGACAGAAGAAGCUAUGGAGCUAGAGCCGACCGAAGCGGUCAGCGCCAGCAGAAUUGCUGACCCGGCUGAGCCAGUAAAGGAUCACGGAGCUGCAGUUGUCACCGAGAGUCAGUCGGUGGAUGGGGCAGCUGCUGUUGUCAACGAGAGUCAGCCUGCGGAGAUCCUGCCCACGGAAAAGCAGUCAGAGGAGAUCCAGCUACAGGAAAGUCAUCUAAGGAAGGACAAAGUCGAAACCGAACCUGUCGACUUGGAGGAGGCUGUGCAGACGCCAGAGCAGGUACCUAUUGCUCAGGAGCAGGCCGACGAGGCCUCAAUUGCAGCGCCCGAUGCGCCCAGCGAAGCACCCGAAGCUGUUCAAACGAAUGCGCCCAUCGAAUCAGCAGCUGAUGGCGACGAACCUGCUUCAGAAGAGGUGCAAGUUGCGGCAACGACCCCCAGCGCUCAGGCCGGGGAGGCAAAUGUCAAGGUGGAAGAAGAGCAGGCUCCACAGAUCAGCGACGUUUCCAUGGCCGAGGUUUCCGCACAGUCAGAGCCGCUCGACAAGGGCGUAGAGCACGAGCACGAGCCCAAGACCGAGACGCAGGUGGAAGAGUCGGCUUCUGCUGUCACACAGGAAGCGGCCAAUGGCGGAGCUGCUGCUGCCACGGUCCCAGCGACAGAGCCGCAGGCAACCGAGGCCAGUGCUGAAGCGUCGCUACCAACUUCUUCGCAGAUCCAGGUCUCCGGCCAGUUCGUCACCGCCACCAUCGACACCGAGAACAAGACUCAAGAGAUCACCUUGCCUCACGUCGAUUACGGAAAUGACAAGGAAGCGCAGGAUCUCGUACAGCAAGAAACGGCCAGGAUCGAAGAAGUCAAGAUGCCCGCGGCUGACCAAGCCGAACCGUCUUUGCGCAUCGCCGAGAUCGAUGAAAAUGCCAUCAAGGAGAUCGAACCGCCUCUUAUGACACCCACCACCCAGGAACAGGUGGAACGAGCCAUUGAAGCCGCCGUACGCAAGCACAUUGCAACGGACCCGGGGCUCACGGACGACUGGAAGAGGAUCCUACGCGAGAAUCAAUUGGUAUCACAGCGGACAACGAUGGACGUUCUCAAAGCCAAGAUCCACGGCAUCCCGCAGAUCGUCAGCUCGGACCAGCCGCUUUGGCUCGGAGACGAAGACAAGCAGAUCAAGCGAACGCAAGCGCACCUGUUCACUCAGCUGCUGGACCGCAAAAAGCGUCUCAACGAAAAAAUCGAGGAGCUCAAAAAGCGCUACCGCAGCAUCAACGACGAAUGGAAGCUGCAUUGCCAGCGUCUCGAUCGCAGCGCCGAGCGUCGCGAGAUGCUUCGCAGGCCGCCGGUCAACACGCCAGCAGGAACACCAGGCGGCUUUGGUGGAGAAGAUGCAUCGUCGGGCGGCGGCGGUGGCGGCGGCGGCGGUAGCCUGCUCGGUGCUUCGCUCACCACGGGACGAGCUAAUCGUCGAAGCGCCCAGGCAGGAGGAUUUGCCGGCUUUGGUGAUGCAGUCAGGUCCGAAGCCGAGUUUCUCGAGAUUCUUGCCAGCUUGGAGAAUGCCGACAUGCAGGACCCCAACAUGCGGGCUGCACGCACCACCGCCACGGCGCCCGACAUGUACAUCGACCCGGACUCGGACAACCUCAUGAAGCUACGUUACGACGACGUCAACGGCUUUGUCGCAGAUCCAAUUGCCUUCUACCUCGACGAUUUUGACCCGGACGUCUGGUCCGAGGAAGAGAAGGCCAUCUUUGCGCGUCGCUACGCUCUGUGGCCCAAGCAGUUUGGCAAGAUCGCACAGGCUCUACCGCACAAAACGCCGUCGCAGUGCGUGCGCUACUACUAUCUCAACAAGAAGAUGCCUGGUAACGACUUCAAAGCUCUGGCAGCUGCUAGGAACAGGGAGAGGAAGCGCAAGGCGCGUGUCAAGCCCAAGAAAGCCAAGGGCAGUGCUCUCAUGGCCGACUUGAAGUCUGCAAAGGGCGAGGAGGUGGAUGACGUCGAGGAUGGAUCGGGAGUUCGCUCGCCCGUCGAGGCAGUGGAUCCAUCUGGAGCCACCGCGAACAUGUCCAUGUCCAGCAAUGGUCGCCGAGGCGGUCGUAGCAGGAUGGUUCCACCGACCGUGGAUAGCGUUCACGGUGCUGGUGCAGACGAUGGUUCCACCGGCCGCAAACGGCAAGCUGAUUCAGGCGACCUGGAGGCGAAAGGUGCGGAUGCGAAACCAGCGGACAAACGCAAAUCGGGGCCCAAGUCGAAGCGCGCCAAAUCGGACGGGACGAGCGCGGCCGACAAGUCGCGCAAGUCGCGGCCCAGUGCCAAGAAGGACAAUGCGAUCACCGACGAGUCAAAAGCCAGCGUGCCUCCUAGCCCCACUGGCCCUUUGCCAGGGGCCAAGGUGGAGGCGCACGAGCCGACGAACCUGGCAGGGGUCGCUGGCAGCCCGGCCGCAGCAAACUCUGCGGAGGUCAAGACGAGCAUGGAGGACAGCGACUUGGCUGCAGCUGAGGCUUUGGGAGCGCUUGCAGGUCUCUUUGGCGGUCCAGCUCCAGCUGGUGCAAGUCUUUCCAGUGGCACUGCCGAUGCUGCGGCAUCUCAACAACUGCCAGGCGACGUGGACGCGGACGGCCGGAAAGUGGGAAAGAAGCGUCGCAGCAAGACGGCAGCACCCGGAGAGGAGGGCGGCGAAGUCGGUGGAGGCAAAGGUCGAGGAAAGCAGCCGACUUCGUCUUACUGGUCCGUCGCUGAACGGUACGAGUUCCUUCGUGCGUUGGCGGUGCAUGGGCCCAGAUGGGAAGUGGUGUCGUCUACGUUGGCACAAAAGUCGACGGCGCAGGCACGCAACUACUUUGCCCGAAACGAGGACGAGAUCGAGUUCGCCGAGGCAGCCGCUCUGGCUCGCAGCCACGCUGAUGCGCCUCUGGCAGAGCGCGAGGCGUUGGCACUGGCAUUCGUCCGUCAGCGCUUUGCAAACAAUUCUGCUCCUGGCACGCUGGCUAUGCCUACGGCUGGCGGUGUUGCAGCCUCAGUAUCGUCGGUGCCUGGCUUUGGCGGGGGUGCUGGCGCGACGACUCCCUCUCGAGCCACACAUCUGCCACCGCCACCAGGCAUCUCUUCCAGCCCAGCUGACGCGAUGGACGCCAAGAUGCGCGAAGAGUCGCCAGAGCCUCUGGUGCAUCGUCGUGGUCUGCAAAUCAACUCGCUGCUCAAUGACACCAACGAAGCAGGCAGCAGCCGUGUUGCGCGGCGAUCGUCUCUGCACGACUGGCAGGCAGAACGUGGAGAAGCGCCGCAUGCAGGCAUGGGACGAGACGCCUCUGUGCCGCCGUCGCUCUACGCCAGGCAGUCGCACGAUCUGGAUCGUAGACCAGUCACUGCAGACCGUGUUGAAGCGGUUCGCCCUCUCAGCUCGGACGGCCGAAGCAUGCGAGAAGACCGCGAAGAGCGAGCACGAGCGUACGACCGUCUCGAGCCGCAUAGGUCUGCCGUCGACGGGCGAGAUGCGCGCGACGAAAGCGUCGAGUCGCGACCUUGGAUGUACGAGUCGCCGUACGAGGCACAUCGACGACCCUCGCCUUCGCCCGGCUAUGCGGCCAUGGCGCCGCCUUCGCACCCGGCCGAGCGUGGCAUGCCACCAUCACGCUAUUCGAUGCCGCCCAGUAGCGUUUCGAGCACCGGUCACCUUGCGAGGUCGGUGCCACCGAUGCAGGCUCAUCCAUCUUCAAGCGAGGAUGCCGAGGUCGAGCGCGAACGCGAACGCGAACGAGAGCGUGGACCUUCGGGUUACGGCUUGUACGGCGCAUCGGGCCGACCGCGAGAGCACGAGUCGCACAGCAUGCCUCCCGCCGUGCCCGGUGAGCUGCGUCGCUCCGGCAGCGGUGAUCAGAUCUCGCCGACGAGUGCACACUUUGGCGCGAGUCACGGAUACACCAGCCGCUAUGCAGCUCCGGGCGUAGGCAGCCUGUAUCCCAGCACCACAGCGGCAGCGUCCAGCGCACUGGCUGCCAGGAACAGGCCCAACAACGGCCCGCUCACCGCGCCUCUGCCGUCGACGUCAGAACGAGCCACGUACGAACAACGCUGGCAGAGAUACUCGCAGUCUCCUGGCCCUUCGAUCUCGUCUUCGGCUUCCGCUGGUGCGAGCGCAGCUCACCCGACGUCGUCCAGUGUUGGCGGCUACUCUACCGGCAGUGCGUACCGGUCGUCGAACAGCCCGUACUCGAGCUUCCCUUCGCAGAGCCUGCCGCGACCCUCUUUGCCGUCGUUGGGGACGAGCGCAGCGAAAGUGGGUGCACCGCAUCUGCCGUCAUUGGGAGCUGCGGGGCGAUCGCUGCCGCCGAUCUUGGGCUCGUUCCCUGCGCCUGGUCGCAGUGGCGUUCCUGGAGCGAGGGCGACGGGAGCCAGUGCCGAGGAACCGGCAGCGAGGUACUGGCCGUACCCGCAUCGGCCUCGUGGUCAUGAGCCGCCGUCGUCGUCCCGGCGCAACCCUGAGUAG